AACACGUGGACUCACUUUAAUCUGACGGUUAGUUUAGAAGAAAUAUCAGGGUCAAAAUCGUCUAAACAUCUCUUCGUCAUCAUCUUCAGGACUCGCCCUCUCUGUUUCUCCUGAAAUUUCGAAUUUAAGUUUUCUCUCAGUAUCCUCCGAUCGUAGCUCAACUAUUUUCCGGUGAUCUACUUCCAAUUCCUCCUCUCGCACUUCAACCCGGAGCUUUUUGGCGAAACAUGACAAUGUCAGACCCAAAACCGAAUUCUGUGGAGGACGCUCUAGGUGCUGAUGAUGCCAAGAACUCACAAAUUCAAUCAGCCAAGGACCAUUGUUCAUGUGAAGCCAUACUUGGAAGGGUAAUACAGCAGUAUUCAGAGACCCGUAAGUUCUGGGGAACUCAACCUGUUGGGCACUUUAAGGAUCUCAAAGACACGACGAGUUUGACUGAAGGGCCAAUUGAGCCCUCAACUUUGGUAUCUAAGGUCAAGCAAGAGCCAUACAACCUUCUUGGUCAACUCGAAUGGACCACAUGCGAUUUGAACUCUGAUGAUUUGUGUUCAGAGUUAUACAACUUUCUCAAGGAAAACUACCCUGAUGACGGACUUUUGUUCAAGACUGAGUACUCCAGAGAGUUUCUAAGGUGGGCACUGUGUCCACCUGGUUACUACCAGAGCUGGCAUAUUGGAGUCCGUGUCAAGACCUCGAAGAAACUAGUUGCUUUCAUCGGUGGCGUGCCAGUAAGAAUCAGGGUGCGUGAUGAGGUUAUUAAAAUGGCAAAGAUCAAUUUCUUGUGUGUUCACAAGAAGCUCAGGUCUAAGGGACUUGCUCCUGUCAUGAUCAAGGAGGUGACUAGAAGAAUUCACUUGGAGAAUAUAUGGCAAGCUGCUUAUAACUCAUAUCUUGUACUUUCUAGACCACUUACCACCUGCCGAUUCUGGGGUAGAUUAUUGAACCCGAAGAAGAUAAUCGAUGUUGGGAUAAAAAGUCUUAGUGGAAGAAUGACUAUGAGCAUGGCCAUCAAAGUUAACAAGUUACCAGAUGCACCAAUCACUCCUGGAUUUAGGGAAAUGGAACGACGUGAUGUCCCAGUUGUUACAGAGUUGCUCAGGAACUACCUCUGCCAGUUUGAAGUUGCCGCUGACUUUGAUGAAAACGAUGUAAAGCACUGCUUUCUCCCACGGGAAAAUGUCAUCUACAGUUACUUAGUUGUAAGCCCUGAAACUCAUGACGUCACUGACUUCUGCAGCUUCUACAGUGUCCCUGCAACUAUCACCAGAAACCCGAAAUACACAACACUGGAAUGUGCUUAUUCUUACUACAAUGUCGCGACAGUAACCUCGUUUCCCCAGCUGAUGAAGGAUGCACUAAUCAUCUCUAAGCUAAAAGGUUUUGAUAUGUUAUACGCGUCAGAUGUGAUGCACAAUCAGAGUUUCUUCAAAGAGUUGAGGUUUACUCCAGGAAAUGAACUGUUUCACUACUAUCUCUAUAACUACCGUUUGGGAAGUUCACUGAAGCCAUCAGAACUUGGUCUAGUUCUCUAGUACUGUUAAAACUCCUACAACUCCCGAUUGUGAGCAACCAAUGAUCAUUAAACCAAUGUGUAGCCUAAGAUUCAUAUUCCUA